CAUAUCAAAAAUUAAAUCUUACAGGUUAUAAAAAAUUAACGUUUAUAAUUCUUCUGCCACCUCAAACACCUGCAGCUGACACACCUGCAUUCUCAGCUCCAACGCCUGCAAAUACAGGAAGUCUAAUGGUCCCAUCUACUCCAGGUCCCGGGCCGAUGACACCAGCAUUGUUGCCACAAACACCAUUCGUCCCAGCCAGUACAGCUCCUACCGGAGGGGACUUUAGGCAGAUUAGAAAUGACGCUGUUUCAUCGUCUAAAGAAUGGCUCACCACUGAUAUUCAAGUUCGUAUUAUUCCGGAUUCACGAACAAAUACAUCACAUGCUAGUGGGCAAUAUGAUAAUCGUGUAGGCGUUAUAGUCCGCUUGGAUUCACCUACAACUUGUAUUGUUGAAUUGGAUGACACACAAGAGCAUU